UGAACCCAGUGAGUUCCUAACACAAAACACUGACUGCAGUGGGCCUCUGACCAAAGCAGCCAGUCAUUUUACAACAUGAGCCUAUCCCUAACCGUGCUGAUGAUGACCUCUGUGUUGUUGGUGCUGUCAUUAGGACUUUUUGACUUUACAGUUGGAAGUCAUCUGCAAAGUGUUUCAUUUUUCAGUGAAGAAGAAGGCAGAAUGAACUGGACGGGUUCACUGAACGCGUGUCAAAGCACGGGCAGUUCAUUGGUAACUGUGUAUGAUCAAGAGGACUUAAAUGCUCUUUUAAAGAAUGGUGUGCCUAGAAGUGACUUUUGGUCAGGGCUGCAUAAGAAUAAAAGUAGUGUCACCACUUGGUCAGAUGGAAACUCACUUGCAUUCAAUAUCUCACAAGUAACUAGUAUUGGUGAUGACCAAAUAUGUGAAGCUAUGACGAACAGAACAUGGAGAGCUUUCAACUGUUCGGACAGGAAGCCUUUCAUGUGCUACAAAGAUAAUAAUUAUAUACUGAUUACAGAGGAAAAGGACUGGUGCCAGGCACUGCAGUACUGUAGAAGACAUUACACUGAUUUAGUGAGCAUCAGUAAUAAGACACAAAACGAUAAAGUGUCUGAAAAAGGAAAGAACAAAACCUUUUGGAUUGGACUUCAACAUGAUCAGUGGACAUGGGCAGAUGGGAGUUGCUCUACAUACAGAAACUGGAGUAAUUCUAAAGAAAACUCCUGUUCUGUUUUUGAUACGAUGGGUCUGUUUAAACUGAAGUGUGAGAAUGUGAAAAAAAGAAUUUGCACUAAAGGCAACAUGAGAAUCAAAGUCAUCCAAAAUAAUUAUACUUGGGAAGAAGCCCUUAACUACUGUGAGCGCAAACACAACGGCCUGCUGUGGAUUGAGGAUGAGGAAGAUCAAAAGGUUGUUGAACAAUGGCUAAAUCAUACUGAUGUUGAAGGUCCAUUCUGGAUUGGUCUCAGGCAGAGUACUCUCUUUGGGUUCUGGAUUUGGAAAGACAGAACAGUGGGCUACAGCAACUGGAAGAAUGACAAAAUACCAGCGAUGCCCAUGUCCAACCGCUGUGGUGUAAUUGUUAAGAGAAACACCACUGGGAAGUGGAAGGAUGAAGAUUGUUGGCGUCAGCAUCAUUUUCUCUGUGAGGAGGAGAUUGUAUUAAUGAACAAAAAAUAGUUCAUAGUCAUCAGUCUUUACUGAUAGACUGGAUUAGCAUGUAGAAACAAUGUGGGGGUGAUCAGGGAGUUUAAAUUUAACACAUCUUAAGAGCUCAUUUGUGCUUAGUUCCUCAAUAGAUGUUUUUAAGUGUUCAGGUUGUUAGUAAGUAAUCUAAGAUUAUGAUACUUUAUGAUGUAGUAUAAGAUAUAUAAAACAUUAAUGACUAUGUUUGUAGCAAUAAAUCUCAAUUAUUAGAAAAAAAUAAUUAAUAGUUUUACAUAAGAGAAAAGAUGAAAUGUUAGAAAUGAUUAUUAAGGCUUGCUGUGUUUUGGUUUUUGUUGUUUGUUUUUUGGGGUGUUUUUUGGGACAGGGGUGAUUAUUGUUUACAUUUGAAAAUAAUAUGCCACAUUAAACCAUGUUUCAUAAGUGAA